AUGGCUGGGGCGGAGGCAUUCAAGGGAUUCAUUGAGGAGCACAAAGACUACAACCUGCUAGAUGCACGUGCAAGGCCACACCUUCUCACAUGUGAAGUCAGUGCUAAUUAUUUGAAGGCCCGCCCUCGGAUCCAUCAACUCGUUCGGGUCAACAUCGCCGACAUCCACCUCCCUCCUCUCGACCCGACCGUGAAAGUUACCAACGAUCUGCUAGAGCUGGAUGAUCCCAACUCCGAAAUGGACUGCAGAUCCGAGACAGCUCGUGUUACGCAGACUUGGGAUCCAGUCAGAGUCAGUGAGUACUUCGUCACAGACAAGCUGGGGAUCCUACCCCGGAUCGCAUACGCUACGAACACAAAGAUCUCAACCAAAGAUUACGAGAGCAAGCCUCUUCAGAUCUGCGUGACCGGAAAUUCGAAGCAAGAUGUCGAUGCGACGAUUGAGGCUCUGGACAGGGCUGUACCGUUCCUGGAACUGGUACAGAAGCCAAGCUACGGCAUUGUCGUGUGGGCCCCGAACGGCAACUACAGAUGCAAAUACAGAAUUGGACACUUCCAGAGAACUGAUCGUGCCACCCAUCGCCGUGUGAUCGAUACCAAUGGAGCGAUUCGGAAUCCCGCGCGCGCAUUGAUCCCUUAUCCCGAAGAACAAUUGACAUCGAGCUCGGAGAUCUCAGAUAUGGAAAGUCCCAGCCCUAUACCGAAACCUACCCCCAGCUCCGUGACGAAACCACUCACCGUCCCUGAGAAGAAGCCAGAGCCUCCACUCCCCAGUUCCAAACUCUCGCGCACCGUCGAAAUUCCGCCCGAUACCGUUCCAGAAGCAGCUCCCAAGAGCAAGCCUACCCAAUUUCGUGAAAGAAUCCCCGAAGGCCUGUCAGAGACUCCUUUUCCUCUUUCCUUUAUCAACAUCCCGGGACAGAUCCUCGUAUUCAAGCCAGAUAUUCCUCUGCUCGACCUCAAAUCCACGCCCGAAGCCAGCGUAUCGGAACAGCUUUCCACACACGAGAUUUCCGCGCGCGACGACCUCAUUGAUCUCUCGGAUCAUAAAAGCUCCGACCCGCCCAAGGACGUAUCCCCCCUUGUCAAAUUCAGGAGCACGGCCGACCUCAUCGAUCUUUCUGCGGACAAUGCUACUCCCCGACCCCAUCUACGGCCCAGUGUUGCUGUUCCUGUUGACCUGCUGGAUAGCCUACCACCGCCUUUGACACCUUCCUCACAUAUUGCCGGAAGAGGACUGCCUGUAGCAGAACGACUUGUCGACCCAUAUCAGGCGAUGGCUACUGCUAACCAAAUGCUAUCUGGCGAACCGAAGAUCUUUGGCCAGGUUGCAUUGGUACCGAAACAGGCACACUUCUCGGCGAAUACUGCCUAUGGUACGCCAAUCCCUUCGCCAAACAUUGAAAUGAUCCAAGCUCAUAAAAGUGCAUCGCCCAUUCGACCUAGGAUGUCGAGUGAAAUGGCGGCCAAGGAGUUCCUGCUUCAAGAGAUUAGCUGCCAGCGCUCUACACGAAGCUCUCCCAUUCUCAAAUCUUCCGAUGGUCCUACAAAGAACGUGCUGAUUGACAUCGAAGAGGACUUAAGUGAGAUGACUAGAAUUCAUGAGAAAUUGGCUGAAGUGUCUGAGUCCGACACUAGGGAAUUCUAUUCCGCUAUGAAUCUGCGAGCACCGAAUCCUGGGGUUUUGGACGAGCCCCGGGAUCUGCCAAAAAAAAAUAAAGAGGAUCGGUGUCGACGUGAGGCCAAGAAAAAGGACAUUUGGGGCACAAAGUCCCUCAAGGAUGUGCGUGGCCAUGCCUCCAAGGCCAUUUUAGCAGCUUCGGGACUCAAACCCAAGCCAUCUUCCUCCAAGCGCUCUUCGGAAAAAGCCUCGAAAAAGUCAUCCAAAUCUUCCGAUAAUACCAGAACAGUCUUCCAUAUGCUGGAGCCUGCCCUCAAUGCUGUCCGAUCCUUCCCCGGCCGCUUAACCUUUGAGGCUCAACUCGGGAUGCUUUUCAUUAACGGCGGACAGGCACAGCCAGCAAUGGAUCUCGUAGCUCUCCGGAACUACUUUCAGCCACAAAGCGGACUUCCAGCUCCCAAUACCGUUUUCAACAAUCGCCUGGCAACUUACAGGGAAGAUAUCGACCGAGUCAUUAACCUGACUGUUGAUGGCCACCGAACAUUUGAGCGUGAGUCAUUUAGCGACACAACAUUUUUCGAGGUCCACUGCCGAUCGACGGAAAAUCCUGACCUAUUUAUCGUGACGAUCAGCAAAAAUGGCCUUGAAUCUUCCGUCUCGCGCGCUUUCCCCCUUGCAUACGUGCAUGUCAACUUUCCUGAGAACGUUUGGGAUGCGGCUAUCGUUCUGGAUGGUCAUUCACCCUACAUCAAUGAAAUAGACUCUCCGCUUCAGUCGAAAAUUCACAAGUUGGUAGAGGACUUCCGGACCAAGUUUGAAAGCUCUGGAACUCAAAUUCAGACAACCUUGCCCGAGGAUGAUCUUGUGAUCGAGAGAAUCCUCAUGAAGCGCACCACGAAAUACCGGUACCGCCGCGAAAAGCACACUGCAGGUACGGAGGACCUCUACUUGAAAGUCACAGAGGUCCAAGACGCACUCUCUCUCCCAAGAACCGACAAAAACAUUUUUGCCGCCUACUGCGCGUUGGUCCCGGAAAUGAUCCACCGGAAAAGACUAUGGUUUGAAGGAUCACUUGUAAGUUCCGCCGCAGAGGAAGCUCUGCAGACUAACUCGACGCUUGGGAUGGGAAAGUGCACCAUGCAAUGGGAUACAGCUGUGCUUUUUGGACAAGGCGCGGCGCCAAUCUUGUCUUCUGCGGCUACCACCUCAGGACCCUUGAUUGAUCUUCCCGGCCUGUGGUCUCUGUUCGGGCUGACGGAGAUCGUGGUGCGGAACAUUGAUGCGGUAGGUGACAUUGAGCUGAGUUCUACUUCGCUGGACAAUGCGAAGGCGGCCUCCUUGACAAAGAACGAGUGCCCGAAGUCGACUGCAUUUACUAAGUCUGUGGGCGAGCCUGGGAGCAAGGCCUCUUCGACUGCGGCUGGAAUCCCGGGGAAGCAGCAGCUCCAGGCCCCGAAGCCAGGAUCUCAGGCUUGGGGGCAUGAGAACGAGGCGGCGAAGUUGAAAUAUUGGUGA